AUGGCGCGAGUACAACCGGAACCGCUGACAAUCUCAAUAACGCCAGAUGCCGCAAUACAUGUGCGCCAAUUUGCCACUGACUCCGGCAAGCCAGGCUGCAACUUGCGCGUUGCCGUCAAGGGCGGCGGAUGCUCUGGCUUGACUUACGAUCUCGAUCUGGUUGACGGGCCGGGUGAAAACGACAAAGUCAUUAAUAGCCGUGGUCUUGAGUUGUAUGUGGACAAGAAGUCCUACAUCUUUCUUGCAGGCACCGAACUGGACUACUCCGGUGGUCUGAACGGCAAGGGUUUCGUCUUCAACAACCCCAACGCCAAGACUGCCUGUGGCUGCGGCACUUCCUUCAGUGUGUAG